GGCGGGGCGGAGUACGCCAGCGAGCUUGUGCUGGGAUCGGAUCCCAUCUCUUGGGUUUCUGUAUUUGGUUUGUCUCACCCCGUGCAUUUAUUCUUCCCUCCCUUUGCUGCUUUCUCGCGCCACAGUCUGCAGCUACUGCCGCUGCUGCGCAGACACUGCGCGGGCGCGACGGUGUUGUCAGUGAACGGAUCCUCCAAGGGGAUCGGGAUCGGCUGCUGCAGCAGCAACAAGAGCAGGAGUGGCUUCAGCAGCUCCGCCGUCCAGCAUGAGGGGCACUCAGGACAAAACGUGAAAAGCAAACUCGACAGAACACCAACACCUGUCUCUCCAGCUCAGCAAGAAGGUGCUUCGAGCCUUGUGCUGCUAAAUACAUCGCACACUGUGCAUGCACUCGACGAACAGGCCGCAGCAGCAAACGAACUCUCCUCCGCGGUCUCCUGCAUUCACACCGAAGACCUUUUGAAGGAGCUCACAAGCAUGAAAGCAUCUGCGCUCAGGUUCCGCGGGGUGUAUAUACACCUGAAUCCCAACGUGCGCUUCUCUGCUGCGGAGAGAGGCGGGCAGUUUGGGCGUUGGUUUCGGCCGUCUUUGCGGGGUCUUGAGUCUCAGUGGAGUGCAGCAGCAGCACUUGUUGAGAAAGGGGGUUUAUUAGCAACUUCGUUGCUGCUGCCUGUAGACCUGAGCUCUUGGGCGUUGCGCAGUCUAUGUCGAGCUGCCGAGACAGCUGGGAAAAGGCCUUCUCUAAUAUUCACUAGUGCUGCUUCUCCGGACUCCAGGCUGAUGACGGUGCAGACGGACUUAUGGAAGGAGGCGGUAUUCUGUGUGUUGCUGCGUUGA